CAAGAAACCCUAGCCAGUCAGUAGCCACCACAAGAAGAUCCAUCAAUUUAAAACAGCGCUCAAAAAAUAGACUGCAAAGCUUGCAAUUAAAUUGUGGGGGGCCUCUACUUUCACUCUCUGCUCUGCUGUCCCCGGUGUUUCACUUGUCUUUUCCGCACAUUUUAUCAUCCUGCAAUACGCAGAGACUGAGACACAGGUUUUUGGGGUGUUAGGGUUAAGGUGUGGGUAGCAAAGGUCUCAAAAUGGAAGAAAUCACCCAAGGAGUGAACAACAUGAACUUGGGCGCCGAUUCCCACAAGAAGAACCGGAUUCAAGUCUCCAAUACCAAAAAGCCCUUGUUUUUCUACGUUAAUCUCGCCAAGAGGUAUAUGCAACAGCACAAUGAGGUGGAGCUGUCCGCACUUGGCAUGGCAAUUGCGACAGUUGUCACGAUUGCAGAAAUUCUGAAAAACAAUGGUUUGGCUGUUGAGAAGAAGAUUAUGACCUCAACAGUUGAUAUGAAGGAGGACUCUAGAGGGCGGCCUGUCCAAAAAGCAAAGAUUGAGAUAUUGCUGGGAAAGACAGAAAACUUUGAUGAAUUAAUGGCUGCUUCUGCUGAAGAAAGAGAUGCUGUGGAUGGAGAGGAACAGAGUUGAAACUUGGAAGGAGUUUGUUGUUGGUUUCUGGUGGUCAGUUUUUAAUGCCCUAGUAUUGGUUCAGACACUUAGGUUUUUUACACAUUGUAGGUGUUUGAGUUAUCUUUGUCUUGCUAGGAUGGUAAAUUAAAAAAAAAAAAAUCUUCUUUCUUUUCAAUAUUCAAUUUUGUUAACUGAUUUAUUUGGCUUCUGUUUUCUCAAUAUGUUGAUGCAAUCUUGGUAUCAUCCUGAACUAUUGCCUUAGUGGAUGAAAGACAUUAUGAUUUAACCUUCUAAUGACAUAAUGUUGUUGCAAUUAA